AUGCAGCACCCGCAUAACAUACCGCGCAGACACGAGCGGCGCGACGAGGUCAAGAUCACGAUCCGGCCAGACCUGCCGCCAGAGCGGUCCAUGUCACCUCUGCCGUCCUCGCCGUCCGCGCGAGAGUCUGGGCCACCGCUCAACCCAGCUCUCGGCUUCCGUCCAGUCGGUUCGUCUCUCGCUCGACCUGCGCACCGCUCGACACCGUCUGCGACUGUCCGCCCUUCAUCGAUCGAGCGAUGGAAGGCGACUGUGGCAGCCCAGGUUUCGGCGAUCCAGCGGGAAGGCUGGAGGAAAGGUCUUUUUGGACGAGCGAGGCUAUCGAGAGCGGCAGGCGGAGGCGUCGAGACGACGCUGAAGCGAGCGGGACAAGGUUUGGCGCGUCUUUUAGUUGCGCAGUCCGACCCGUUAUCGCCCAAGCCGCACCUACACGGCGACUCGGACCUUGCGGUCCCUCCAAGUCCAGGUCUGGGACGAACGGGACGGAUACCGACGCUCAGUCGGCUAGGCCAGCUGGUCGUCCUCGUCCUCUUCGUUCUCGGCGUUCGGGAAGUCCUGCAUACGGCGUUCGGCACAUCUCGGCCCUUCCAGUCAGUACGGGUGAGGGGACGACAUCCUCGAAGCGUUCUCUCCGACGUCGCGCCGCCCAAGUCUCGCUACGCGACGUCUGUCCCUGGCAUGGAGCGCCACUGGUUUGCGGACCAGUCGUCCCUCGAUCCUUACUCGGACGCGAAGACCGUCGGCGACACGACUGCGAUCGUCCUGCAUUGGAAGCGGACGGAGAACGUCGCCGUGAUCCUCGCCCACCUCUGCCAGUACUCCUUCUUCGACUCGGUCUUCGUCUGGAACAACAACCCAGACAUUCGCCUCACGCAGCAGACCUUCGCCAAAUCCGGUUGCGCGCCCUCUAAACUCCGCAUCUACAAUUCACCUCGCAACAUGCUCUUCGUCGCACGCUACCUCGCCUGUCUCCAGUCCUCCACACCGCACUGCUUCUUCCAGGACGACGACUGGGUCGUCCAGCCUCUCCGCGCCAUGUACGCCCAGUUCAGCCGAGAUCCGGAGGGUCCAGUCGUCGUGCACACGAACGAGGAGGUUGCUGCUCUGUAUGGGCUAGAGUGGUGCUUUUUCAACAACCCCCUCCACACCUGCUUCUCCUGGGUCGGCACUGGCGCUUUCACCUCUCGUCAACACGUCGAGCGGUUCAUGCGCCUCACGAGCGAGCUCGCCUACUCGCGCGACGAGCUCGGCCAUGCCGACAACUCGUUCACACUGUUCCAGAACGAGCCGCCUUACGUCUUGACGAGCAAGCUGAGCCAGUUGCCGAGUCCGUACGGACACAGCGAUGGCGAGGGUAUCGCGCGCAACAAGGCUUUCAUCCACAAAGGCCUCGUCCGCCUCUCGUCGUAUCUCAACACCUCCUUUCCUCCACCUCCCUCUCCCGACACGCCUCUCACGAACGUUCGUACCAUCUCGCCUGUCCCCUACCGGCCAUCCCUACCAGAGCCGCUCUCGCCUCAUCCCUACGCCCACCACGCCCGCUCCCUCUGUCUUCCCUCCGACUCCUGCAUCUUCCACACCAACAUCGCCCUCCUCCCACCGCCCGAUGCGACGCCCUAUCCAGGUCCUGAGCGAGUUGGCAGCCUGCAGAGAUGGGAGGAGCAUCUUGGAUGGGUUGCGAGGGGAUGGAUCGAGGGGGAGGAGCUGUGGAGGGAGGAGGAGACGUGGGCGCGGGAAUGGGCUUACCAGUUUGCGGUUGAUGGGGACGAGAAGACUGCGUUCCGGUCGCCGGAUGUCGUUCGUGCUGGCGACUACAUCGCUCUAUCGCUUCUCGCGCCGCUCGAUGCAGCUUGGACGCCGACAGUCAAGCUGAACAUCAUCCUCGAGGAUGCGGUCAAGGUGUUGAGCAGCGGCAAGAUCCGUGUCGAAGUGAGCGUCGACGGGCAUCACUGGGUCCGCGCACGACAUCCGACUUCGCCGAAUGCCCCGCCCGUCAUCCGCUGUCCUUCGCGCAGCCUCCACCGCUCGCCCCUCAGUCUCCACUCCACCUUGCCGUCGCCCUCUUUCCCCGACUCGAGGCUGAUCUCGCCUCUCGCACGACGGCUCCUCGCAGCCGAACAAGCCGCCGAGGCUAGCUCAGGCGUCGUCCAGCGUUGGUGGCAGCGGACAAAGCGACGACGGGCGAGCGGCGUCCGCGAAUGCGAGGUCUCGGUCUCGGCGGCGUUACCCUCGUCUUCCGCGCCGGCAAAGGACGGCGGCCUCGAGCCUGGGUGGCGGUUCGUGAGGUUGCUGGCGGUGAGCAACGCGGCGAAGGAAGAGAAAGGAGCGGACGGGGACGAGCUGCUCGAUGUCGGCUGGGGCGUGUACGAGAUGUGGCUCGUUGCGGAGAAGGUCACGUAG